UGUGUGUGUGUGUGUCUGUCAGGUCCUCUCACCAGCUCUCUGUCAAUGACUCCAGUUCAGUCGGCAGCUUGGAGCGAGCAGCAGCAGCAGCAGGAGCACAGAGAGGAGAUCAGCAAGAAACCGCUGGAGAGAAGCAACUCGGUGUGGGUGCGUAAAGGUGCGUUGCGCUGGUGGCGAGACUGGAAGCCGCAACGCUGGGUGGAUGUGGGCGUCGCUCUGGAGCAGUCCACCAAGUGCGACGGCAGAAGGGACAGCAUUUUCUUCGUCUAUUACACACAGUAUGACGAGAAAAAGUACCUCCAUGUGUUCAUAAGCGAAGUGACAGUGCUGGUUCCAGUGCUCAGGGACUGCCACUAUGCCUUUGCUGUGUACACAGCCCAAAGGACCAAACAGAGGUGGCCUCUGGUUCUGGCAGCACAAACGGAAAAGGACAUGAAUGACUGGUUGUGCUUGUUGUCCGACUGCUGCUGUGAGUGUCGUGGGAUCACAGGUUCCCCGUCCAGACACGCCCUGUGGUCCACCACCUCAAAGGGAGACAUCAUGGUCCAUGAGCCGUCCUUCUCUCUGGAGGCCUCUGCCAACGCACUGUCCUGUGACCUCAUGUUCUGGCGGCAGGUCCCGGGACACCUGCGCUGCAUAGAGUCUAACAGUCUGGGGCUGGUGUGGGGCGUCGGGUGGGACGGCACCGCCUGGGUCCACAGUGGGCGCUACGGGCAACAGCCCACCCCUGGAGAAGCUGUUCAGACGCACCAGCAGACGGAUGUCAGGAGUGUACAUGUGUUUGAGAACCAGCGAUGGAACCCUAUGACAGGAUACACAGACAAAGGACUUCCCACAGACCGCCCCAUGUGGAGUGACGAAAGUGGCCUGAAAGAGUGCACCAAAGGAAACACACACCCGCCCUCCCCUCAGUGGUCCUGGGUGUCAGAGUGGACUGUGGACUACAACGUCCUCGGGGGGACAGACAAAGAAGGGUGGCAGUAUGCUGCAGACUUCCCUGUCACAUUUCAUGGCCACAAAACCCUGAAAGACUUUGUCCGGCGCAGGAGAUGGACGAGGAAGUGUAAGAUCACGUUGAGGGGUCCGUGGCAGCCGGUCCCACCCAUCCCACUGAGCGACAUCUCUCUGAUGCCGUGUCUGGCCCAGAGCAGGAUGGAGCAGGUCCCUGUCUGGGCCGUCAGCGACAAGGGAGAUGUCCUGUGCCGGCUGGGAGUCUGCCCCCAAAACCCAGCGGGCAGCUCGUGGCUACACGUCGGCACGGAUCAGCCGUUUAAGUCCAUCUCCAUCGGUGGAGCCAACCAGGUGUGGGCCAUCGCUAAGGAUGGAGCCGUGUUCUACAGAGGCUCCGUGUCCCCACAAAACCCUGCAGGGGAAUGCUGGUACCACAUCCCGUCUCCUCCGAGGCAGACCCUCAGACAGCUGUCAGUGGGCCGGACCUCUGUCUUCGCUGUGGAUGAAAACAGUAACCUGUGGUACAGACAGGGCCUCACGCCCAGCUACCCUCAGGGCUCCGCAUGGGAGCUGAUCUCCAACAACGUCACCAAGGUUUCUGUCGGACCGCUGGACCAGGUGUGGAUCAUAGCAGACGGAGUUCCUGGUUUCCCUGCUGAGACUGUGGGGGCUGUCUGUCACAGGCUGGGGGUGGGACCUGUGCAACCCAAGGGCCAGUCUUGGGACUAUGGUAUAGGGGGAGGAUGGGAGCACAUCAGUGUGAGGGGGAACUCAGCAGAGGCUCCUCGCGCCCCGCACCCUCCACCUGCCGGACCUCCACGCAGCCCGCUCCCCCCGCGGCCUCCGACACAAGCGAACGGGAAUGCCGUGGGUGUGUAGCACCCGCCCACAUCCUCCUCUCCUGUUUGUGCCUGGAUCUACAUAUUUUUCCUCCUCAGACCAUUCCCACAGGCUCUUAUCCCUUUAUAUAAAGGGAACUGCACAAUCACCCCACUGAGUUUAUCUUGUACGUUUUGGUUGGAUUUGACUCUCGGCCGAUGGAUGAAUGUUACUCCCUGAUCGGACUUCUUUCCCUGACAGAAAUCAUGUCAGUUUGCAGCGUGGGCACGGAGAAGGGAAGCACAAGAGCUUUUUAAGAAGGAUGGAUGUGGUGGGAUAAGAAUUUCACAGUGAGUGCAUGUGUUCGUUCUUAUGAGGCUUCGGCUUCUGGGUGUUUUUUGGGAUCUAGCAAUAGCUUUUAUUCUUCUAUACAUAUCCUGUGAAAACCUUAGAGGGUGGGACUUCCAUUAAGGGCUAAGGAGUGGGUACCAAACUAACUCGUCUUGUUUUCUAGUUGUUUUGUGUUUGUGCUGCAUGUGAUUUUAUUUAUUUAUGAUUAUUUAUUAUGAAUUUGUUGAAUUUUGUGUCUCCAUACGUUUUGGCCUGUUACAUGUUUGCAAUGCAGUGUUCCUCACCCACAGCUCUACGACAGGCCUUCCUAAAACUCAAGGGCAUCCUCCAGAGGGAAAAUUCCAGAUAUCCACACUGUAUUGAAAUAUAUUGCUCUUUAAUUAAGAGUGACUAUGAAGUUCUUCCAGUUAGUAUGACACCCAACCACAGACCGGCCACGACUGCUGAAGCUGCAUAGCAGCUUAAAAAGGGCAUUUUGAAAUGUGAAAUAAAAAUUUUUAAAAUGUUGCUACGUUUUGACAUAAUUUCAGUUUGGAUUUGGAAAACUCUAGAAUACAGACUGUGAGCCAACUGUGAAAUGACAGAUCUAUGUGAUUUUUGAAUGAAGCCAUAACUG